CUUGCAAGUAAUAAUAAAUAAGUAAGUACACUUAAAAGGGUAAAUUAGUAAAAGAAUAAACAAACUGAAAAGCACAAUAACCAAAAAGGGUAUCAUGAUUCUCAACGCCCACAAACAAAAAACCACACCGAAUAAACAGGACAGAAACAUCAUCACCUAUUCUUUUCAACGAUCUAUCUUUCUCUUCUUUUUCUUUCUACUUCAUUCAUUUGUUUUUCAGAUUCUCGAUAAAUAAUAAUAAUCAUUACCAUGGAUUUCAUUGACCGAUUCAAUUCCAUUGACUUUCACCAUGAAUCUUACCCUGCUUAUCAAGAUUUCUACCUUCUUCCUUUCUUCGCUCUCUUCUUCCCUUCCAUUCGCUUCCUUCUUGAUAGAUUCCUCUUCGAGAAAGUGGCAAGAAGAUUGAUAUUUGGGAAGGGGAAUGAGAAGCUUGACUAUCAAACAGAUGAUAGAAGAAAGAGGAUUAAUAAAUUUAAGGAAUCAGCUUGGAAAUGUAUUUAUUAUCUUUCAGCUGAGGUUCUUGCUCUGUCUGUAACUUAUGAUGAACCUUGGUUUACCAAUACAAGAUAUUUUUGGGUGGGACCGGGGAGUCAGGUCUGGCCAGAUCAAAAAAUUAAGUUGAAAUUGAAGACAGUCUAUAUGUAUACUGCUGGAUUUUAUUCGUACUCCAUUUUUGCUUUAAUAUUUUGGGAAACAAGGCGCUCGGACUUUGGGGUUUCUAUGAGUCAUCAUGUUGCCACUGUCAUUCUCAUUGUGUUGUCUUACAUUUUUAGGUUUGCUCGUGUUGGAUCAGUUGUUUUAGCAAUUCAUGAUGCUAGUGAUGUGUUUCUCGAGAUAGGGAAAAUGUCCAAAUACAGUGGUGCUGAAACAAUGGCUAGCAGUGCGUUUAUUCUAUUCGUUUUAUCUUGGGUCAUAUUGCGCCUCAUUUACUACCCAUUCUGGAUUCUUUGGAGUACAAGCUAUGAAGUUCUGCUCACCUUGGAUAAGGAAAAGCACCAAGUGGAAGGUCCAAUAUAUUAUUAUAUAUUCAAUAGUCUUCUAUACUGCUUGCUGGUUAUGCAUAUUUAUUGGUGGGUGUUGAUAUAUCGGAUGCUUGUUAAACAAAUCCAAGCAAGAGGAAAACUUAGUGAAGACGUUCGAUCUGAUUCAGAAGAUGAACACGAAGAUUGAGUGGGAAAGCAAAAGCAUUAUAUAAUCACAAUGCGAAGAUGAAUCGGUUGCCUCCAAACGUUUUUAUGUGCAUUUUGCCACAAUGUCAACCAUUUUCAAAUGUUCAUUCAAAUUGGAGGGAAUUGUAUUUAUACGGAAUUCGAGAAUAUAGACUACGGAGCUGAUUUAAAGGGGAAGCCGGUAGAGAGAAUUUUCAAUCUUGUAAGUUAUUGUUCUAUGCAGCACCACAAAGUUCAGGUCUGCCGCAUGCCAUUUUGUUAUAAUGGUUUGACUUGCUUGAAUAUUUUCCCCUCAAGGCCUCAUCAUUCAUUCAAAUUUUCCAAGUACAAGUUUGAAGGACUGUGAUAAUUAAUGUAUACUAUUUCUUGCACAAAUUUUAUCCUUUGGUUUCCAUAUUGGAGAUCGAAAUUGUUGUCCUUAACCUGCACAAAAUUACUAGUCUUGUUAAACUUAUUGUUGACUUUAGGAUUUUUUUUCUUCUUCUAAUUUAUCAAAGAAUGUCUAUUUGUUUAUAAUGAUAUAUCAGAUCCACGGAGCCUCAUGUGAACACUCCAUCCUUCA